GGCAGCAAACUAAGACCUAGUACUGUUGUUUUACUUAAAACUUUUGGAUUGCUAGUACUAAGAUGACGCACUUUGUUCUGGUUCAUGGGAUUUGCCAUGGAGCAUGGUGCUGGUACAGGGUAAUUGCCCACCUCAAGUCUGCCGGCCACCUUGUCACGCCGUUGGAUCUCGGUGCUAGCGGGAUCAACUCCAAACAGCUGAACCAACUUUCUUCCUAUUCCGAUUAUGUGCAGCCGCUGAUGGAAUUCAUGGCGGAUCUGCCUGAGGAAGAGAAGGUUAUCUUGGCUGGACACAGUUUUGGUGGUAUAGCCAUUUCCUUGGCGAUGGAGAAGUUCCCCAGUAAAAUAGCAGCCGCAGUUUAUGUCACUGGGUUCAUGCCAAAUCUUGAAUCUACGCCUGCAACCGCAAUACUAGAGUUCUUCAAAAGUGUCUUGGCGGAGCCCUUGCUGGAUUUGCAGCUCUCUCAUGACAACGGGCCAGAAAAGCCCCCGACCACUUGCUUCUUGGGACCCAAUUACGCUGUAGCCAAGGUUUACCAAAAUUCCCCAAAAGAGGAUUUAGAACUGGCACAAACAGUGCUACGACAGGGCAAGUGGUUCAUACCAGAUUUAUCAAAGGAUUCUCUGUUGACGAAAGAAAAUUUCGGGUCGGUUCAUCGGGUUUAUGUUGUUUGCAAUGAAGAUCUUAUCAUAAAAGAAGAGUUGCAGAAAUGGUAUAUUGAGCACAAUCCUACUCAAGACGUCAAGGUCAUAGCAGGAGCCGACCAUAUGCCCAUGUUUUCGAAGCCUCAGGAACUGUGCCAAGCCCUCCAGGAAAUUGCUCAAAAAUACGAGUGAUAUUGUUACUCAACUAAAUUAUAGUCCUUGAUAAGAAUGAAGCAUUUUAGCUCAAGAAGUAAUUUUGGAUCUUUUUUGGUUUUUUAUGCUUAAACAUUCUGUUGUUCUUAUGUUUUUGAUAAGGUCAAUUGAAUCAAGUGGAUGUUUAAUAAUAAAUGUGCUAAUGCAAA